AUGCAGGCCAUUCGAUUCUCUGACAAUGAACCUCAUACCGACGAUACGUUCGGAGGCGAGAAACUUUCAACGAAAACAUUCUGUGGGAAGAUCAAUAAUCGUAAGCGGACACAGCUGGAGCUAUCAGUCUCGGACGGGAAACUUUUGUUCCAAGGACCAGGAACACUCUCAAACGAUUUUGUUCUCAACGAAUCCAGCAUAUCCCUUUCGAAAAUCCUCGAUACUGUCCAACUCCCUCUUCAAUUGCGGCUCCACUUGGCCUAUUUUCUAGCCAAGGCGUUUUGGCAAUUCUACGAUUCCAGCUGGAUGCAUGCGGCAUGGACAAAGCAUUCGAUUCAUUUCAUGCUCUCCAGGCGUUCAGCAGAUUCAGGUGGAAUCUUCAUCAGGGAUCCAUUCCUAUCUACCACACUCGAAGGGAGCCACGACUUGGCCCAGGUUGACGAAGAGUUCAGGGCGCAUCCCCUGCCAAAACUUCUCUCUCUUGGAAUAAUGCUCCUUGAAAUUGAAUUGGGGCUGAAAAUCGAAGAUCACAGGAUGGCCAAGCAUCUCAAUGAUGGCAAAGUAGAUGUAAAUACCGACCAUAGUGUUGCCGCAGAAAUGCUCGACUUAGGCCGCCAGUGGGCUGAAAGGGGGACAUUUUCCAAGUUUAAAGCCGUUAUACACUCUUGUUUGUUUCCCAAAGACUUCCAGGGCCAUCAAAACGACCCUAAAGACGUCCGGGACAAAGUAAGAAAGAACAUAGUCAACCGACUACAAAAGGCAUAUACCGAUGCUUGGGAGGACCCAGAUACGGCCGAUUCUCGUGAAAUCAAACUGCAUUCACCAUCACCGUUUUCAUCAUCUCGGCCUCAAUGCGAUCCUCAGUGGACAGAUGGCGGACAGCCCAGUCAGCCCGAUCAGCGAAAGAACAUCAUCAUGGUGAAUCCAACAUUUCAACUUCCGUAUCUCACCCAACAUCAACCCGGGCAAAUCAACGGUUCGCCACCUAGCCACCCAAUACAGUAA